AUGAAGGUCAACAAGCGCAUCGGAAAACUCAAACAGUGGACCGGCGAGAAGCUCGGGGGCCAGCAGAAGACUGAACUGAGUGAAGAUUUCCAGUCCUUGGAGCAGGAUGUCGAGCUGCGCAAGGCCGGCGUCGAGAAGAUGUACUCCGUCUCCAAGGAGUACUCCAAGCAUCUCACCAGGAAACUGGAGGCCGAAGGAACCGAGACCGGGAAGGUCUUGCCGAUCGACGGCCUCGGCCUGGUCUUGGCCAACCAUGGGGAUGAGUUUGGAAGCGACAGCUCCUUUGGCGAAGCAUUGGUCUCCUUCGGGAAAGCCCAGCAGCAGAUGGCCACGGCCACGGCGAACUUUGCCGACCACAUGAACUCAGGCUGGCUGACCUCGCUGGAGAAAUCGCUGGCGCAGAUGUCCGAAUACACCAACCAGCGCAAGAAGCUGGACUCCCGUCGACUGACGUACGACGCCAUGCUGGCCAAGGUGCAGAAAUCUAAGAAGGAGAAGAGGGACCUCGAGGAUGACCUCCGAGUGGCCAAGAACCGCUACGAGGAGACGAGCGAGGAGGUCCAGGAGCGGGCCGUCGCUAUCCAGGAUAGCGAGGCUGAUCAGAUGAUCGCUCUCACUAGACUCUUGGAAAUCGAGUCGAAUUGGGUCGACGAGCAAAAGCGCAUCCUCGAUGAUCUCAAAAGGAGCUGGGUUGAUCCAUCUGCCUUCAAGGUUGGUAGUGGUGAACGCAAGAAAACAGCCCACUCGUUCGGCGCCGAGCCUCCGCCGCCUUCGAGGAGCUUGAUCAAGGGCAAGACCGCCCCUCACCGACGCUCCGCCAGACGCCAGCCCAGACCGGCCGUCACCGCUCCGCCCAAGCCCCGCCAACCACCCUCCCGCCGCGGAUCGCUGUUGAAAGAAAAGCCGGCGCCUGCCAGCGCGCCGAAUGGGAGUCGCUACGGGGGCGUCCGGAUCCCGGGGAUGCCUCCCGCGACGGCCUCGAUCCAGUCCGACGACUCGCUCUCGCCGACGUUGGACAGCAGCAGUCGCCGGCGGUCCAACGGGACCCUCCGGAACCAGAACUCGAGCUCGAACCUGCGCCGCUCGGUUGUAGGUGGAGGUGGAGCGACGAACGGCAAGGGCUCGACGGGCGGAGGAGGCGGGAAGAUGAUGCGGGCGAAGUGGGCGUACAAUGCGACGGAGUCCGACGAGCUCGAGCUCGAGGUCGGCGACCGGGUCCGGGUGACCAACGAGAUCAACGCCCAAUGGUUCGUGGGCCGCAGCGAGGCCUCGGGCCGGACCGGCAUGUUCCCCGCGGCGUAUUGUGUGUCCGAGCAGGAGCCGGAACCGGGGCGAUAUCUGACCCCGGAGCGCCAGCAGGACACCACCGUCCACCCCCACAUCCACCGGCCCCCCUCCUCGACCAUCGGUGCACCCGUACGCACAGGCUCGUACCCCGGCAAACCCGCCCCCUCCUCCUCCAUCGGCAAACGCGCCCCCCCGCCCCCGCCCAGCAGACGCGCCACCACAUCCUCUUCCGCUAAACCCCCCACCCCCGCCCUCCCUCCCCCAUCCCACGAUCACGACGCCGGCCAGCCGGAGGCCUUCGGCAGCGUCAGCGAACUCAAGAAACGCCUCGGCAUGUUCAAGUAA